CUGGGAGUCGCCGCAGAACAGGGGCUUGGCGCCCGGCGGGGACCGCAGGCGAUGACUCAGGAUGCAGCCAGGGGCCACGACCUGCACGGAGGACCGCAUCCAGCACGCGCUGGAGCGCUGUUUGCACGGGCUCAGCCUCAGCCGCAAUUCCACUUCCUGGUCAGCUGGGCUGUGUCUGAACUGCUGGAGCCUCCAGGAGCUGGUCAGCAGGGACCCGGCCCACUUCCUCAUCCUCCUUGAACUGAUCCUGAAGAAAACCCGAGAGGUCCAAGAGAAAGGCACCUACGAUCUCCUCUCCCCUCUGGCCCUGCUUUUCUACUCCACUGUCCUCUGUACGCCGCAUGUCCCGCCCAACUCGGAUCUCCUUCUGAAGGCAGCCAGAACCUACCACCGGUUCCUGACCUGGCCCAUUCCUUACUGCAGCAUCUGCCAGGAACUUCUCACCUUCAUCGAUGCUGAACUCAAGGCCCCAGGAAUCUCCUACCAGAGGCUGGUGAGGGCUGAGCAGGGCCUGCCCACGAGGAGUCAGCGAAGUUCCACCAUCACUGUGCUGUUGCUGAACCCCCUGGAGGUACAGGCUGAGUUCCUUGCCGUGGCCAACAAGCUGAGCACGCCUGGACACUCGCCUCACGGCGCCUACAUCACUCUGCUCCUGCACGCCUUCCAGGCCACCUUCGGGGUCCGCUGCGACCUCCAGGGCCUGCACUGCAGGCUGCAGUCCAAGACCCUGGAGGAGCUGGAGGACAUCUUCAUGGAGACCACAGAAGCUCAGGAGCUGGCGUCUGGCGUCGGAGAGGCAGCGGAGGCCCGGCAGUGGCUCAGGACCAAGCUGCGGGCAGUGGCAGAAAAGGCUGGCUUCUCUGGCAUUUUAGACACUGAAAACCCGGGCAAGCUCCAUACCAUCCCCAUCCCGGUGGCCAGGUGCUAUACCUACAGCUGGAAUCAGGACAGCUUUGACAUCCUGCAGGAGAUUCUGCUCAAGGAACAGGAGUUGCUCCAGGCAGGGAUGGUCAGGGAUGAAGACGAGGAGGAGGAAGAGGAGGAAGGAGAAGAGGCCGAGGAGGAAGUGGACACCCGGCACUGUGUAGAGAGGGACUCCCUGCUCUCCACCAGUUCAGCGGCCUCGAGAGACUCCACUCUGUCCCUGGCCUCCUCCCAGGCCUCGGGGCCUGCCCUCUCCCGCCAGCGGCUGACCUCCUUCGUCUCGGGCCUCUCGGACGGCAUGGACAGCGGCUACCUGGAGGACGAGGUGGGCUUCCCCGAAUGGCCCCCGAAACCUGGCAGCCAGGACCGCAGGGCCCAGCGUCGGUCGGGACCCAAGUUCAACCGGAUCUAUAAACUCUUCAAGAGCACCGGCCAGCUGAUGCUGCGGAAGGACUCGCGAGGCCUGGAGGGCAGCGGGGACGACACCGGGCUCCCGCUGCGCCGUGCUGGGAGCCUCUGCAGCCCCCUGGACAGCCCGGGCCCGCCGCCCUCCCGGCCCCAGCGCUCCCGCUCCCUGCCCCAGGCCAAGCUCAGUGCCCAGCUGCCCAGCUGGCUCCUGGCCCCCGCCUCCCGCCACCAGCGCCGCAGGCCCUUCCUCAGCGGGGACGAGGACCCCAGGGCCUCCACGCUCCGGGUGGUGGUCUUUGGCUCUGAUCGGAUUUCGGGCAAAGUGGCCCGGGCGUACAGCAACCUGCGGCGGCUGGAGAACAAUCGCCCGCUGCUCACCCGCUUCUUCAAGCUGCAGUUCUUCUACGUGCCGGUGAAGCGGGGCCACGCGACCACACCCAGCGCCUGCCCGGCCCCUCGGAGCCAGACGCCCCCACCCCCCACCGACUCCCCGCGGCACCCCAGCCCCGCACAGCUGGGCUCCGUGCCCUGGGAGGACAGCACCAACGAUAUCUCCCACUACCUCGGUAUGCUCGACCCCUGGUACGAGCGCAACGUGCUGGGCCUCAUGCACCUGCCCACAGAAGUCCUGUGCCAGCAGUCCCUGAAGCCUGAGUCACAGCCCCUGGCCGGCUCCCCAGCCCAGCUGCCCAUCCUGGCCGACAUGCUGCUUUAUUACUGCCGCUUCGCCGCCCGCCCGGUGCUGCUGCAGGUCUACCAGACAGAGCUGACCUUCAUCACCGGGGAGAAGACCACGGAGAUCUUCAUCCAGUCCCUGGAGCUGGGUCACUCGGCUGCCACCCGGGCCAUCAAGGCUUCUGGUCCUGGCAGUAAGCGACUGGGUAUUGAUGGCGACCGGGAGGCCAUCCCGCUAACACUACAGAUUAUUUACAGCAAGGGCGCCAUCAGUGGCCGGAGCCGCUGGUGCAACAUGGACAAGGUCUGCACGUCCGUCAACCUCAGCAAGGCCUGCCGGAAGCAAGAAGAGCUAGACUCCGGCGUGGAAACCUUGACACUGACCCUGACUGAGGUGGUAAAGAGACAGAACUCCAAAUCCAAGAAAGGCUUCAACCAGAUCAGUACCUCACAGGUCAAAGUGGACAAGGUGCAGGUCAUUGGCUCCAACAGCUGUCCCUUCGCCGUGUGUCUGGACCAGGAUGAGAGGAAGAUCCUGCAGAGUGUGGUCAGGUGUGAGGUCUCACCCUGCUACAAGCCAGAGAAGAGCAGCCUCCACCAGCCACUUCAGAGGCCCUCCUACCCGCUGGCCCAGACGGCACCUGACCUCUGCUCCCUCCUCUGCCUGCCCAUCAUGACUUUCAGUGGAGCUCUGCCCUAGCGCAGCCUUGGCGCCAGGCUUGACAGGAAACCCUGGGGCAGCCUCCUCUGAGCCCCCACUUCCCAGGUGCUCCACAGUUACCUGUGAGGGUCUUGCUCCCUGUAGGGACCUGGGUGGCCCUGCGCCAGGCAGAGGCAGGGAUUCAGACGGUCUCCGGCGCCUUUGCCUUUGAGGCUGUCCUGGGGAAAGAAGCAGAGAGUUGGCCAGAGAGAGGCUCGGCUGCAGUCUUCAGCCUCCACUCAGGAGCACGGGCUGGGGGUCUUUCUAGAAGAACAAUGUGAGGCUCUGGGGUGGGGCUUAGGCUGCCUCCUCCAACCGUUGUGAGGCCCACAUCGAUUUGGCCAAAGACUGGGAGAACCCAUUGUAUCUGGAGUUUUGUUCCUUCUGCCCCGAGACUCAGAUGGUAGAAACAUGGAUGAGAUUUUUCUUUCAUCUCUCUCUCUCUGUUUCUCUCUGUCUCUCUGUCUCUCUCUCUCUGUCUCUCUUUCUCUCUCACACACACACACACACACACACACACACACACACACACACACACGAGCCCACAGAAACAGACACUUACACACAUAUAGAUACACAUAUGUACACACACACACAUACGCUCUCUCUCAUAUUCUUUGGGCCUUCUGAAAAAGAGCACUAACAUUUGACGUGUCUCCUGUCAGCACCUGGUGCACGGUCUCUCUCACAGCCCUUUCUGGAUCCGAGAUCCCUGGGUGAUAGGAAGGGCUCAAAUUUAGUAGUGGUUCAGCUACCUUGUAGCUGAGUGACCGAGAGGGAAGUUAAUUAGCUUCUUGCCUCUGCACUAAAGUAAGGGAAAUAAAACCUCACAGUGUUGCGGACAUCGCACAAACUAUUUGCACUGAACUGCCAAGAGGCUGGCAGUUCAAACCCUACCUGUGGUAUGGCGGAAGCUAGGC